AUGCCCCGCUCAGCACUGUUCUGUGGCCUGGUCUUCCUGGCUGGUGUGUGGACCAGCCGGAGUCAGGGUACCCAGCUGGAGAACAGCUGCACCUACUUCCCAGACAACCUACCCCACAUGCUCCAAGACCUCCGGGCAGCCUUCAACAAAGUGAAGGCCUUCUUUCAAACGAAGGACCAUCUGGAGAGCAUGUUGUUGAACAAGGCCUUGCUGGAGGAUAUGAAGGGUUACCUCGGUUGCCAAGCCUUGUCGGAGAUGAUCAAGUUUUACCUGGAGGAGGUGAUGCCAAGGGCUCAGGACCAAGGGCCAGACAUCAAGCAGCAUGUGAACUCCCUGGGCGACAACCUGAAGACCCUGCGGCUGCGGCUGCGGCGCUGCCAUCGGUUCCUCCCCUGUGAGAACAAGAGCAAUGCGGUGGAGGAGGUGAAGAACGCUUUCAAUAAGCUCCAAGAGAAAGGGGUUUACAAGGCUAUGAGUGAGUUUGACAUCUUCAUCAACUACAUAGAGAUCUACAUGACACUGGUGAUAACACCUAAAGCCUCUUAA